GUGUGCAGGGGAGGUGCGGAGGUUCAUGGCCUACGCCCUACUUGACCAACGUUAGCUAAACGCUGAUUCGAAUGUUAGCAAAAAGUGAUAGAAAAGAGGUUAGGCUUACAUUGAGCAAGUGCGGUUUAAACUGUGCUUUCAGCUGACACCAGCGCUAACCUAACACCAUGUCAGAAAAGUCUGCUCUUCUACAUUACCGACUCGCACCAAGCACCAGCCCGUGGUCGAAAGAUGUGUCUAAACACAGCGGGAUCAAGGCGGGCAGACACGGUCGACGGACCAGGGACAAGACCGCCCGGGAGCUCGGAGUGGUGUUUGGCGUGGUCAUACCAACAGUGCUGUCCAUGUUUAGCGUCGUUUUGUUUCUGCGAAUUGGAUUUGUUGUGGGUCAAGCAGGGCUCUACCAGUCCAUUGCUAUGUUCCUGGUGGCCUACUUUAUCAUCACAAUGACCGUGCUUUCUGUCUGUGCCAUCUCCACCAAUGGGGCUUUAGAUGCUGGAGGUGCCUACUACAUGAUCAGCCGAGCCCUGGGUCCAGAGUUUGGCGGCAGCAUUGGGAUCAUGUUUUUCUUUGCCAAUGUGUGUGGCAGUGCUCUCUAUGUUUUGGGUCUGGUUGAGGCUAUCAUGUCUACCUUUGGCAUCCCAGAAGACGGUGCUGCAGGUCUCCAUCAGGUGUUGCCCUCAGGAUACUGGUGGUCUCUGCUGUACGGCACUGUCCUGCUCUUCCUGUGUUUUAUUGUCUGCUUGGUAAGACUUCAUUGUUUUCAUUUUACUUUGUGUUUUACUGUGUAUUUUAAGUACUAUCUUAUCUGAUAUCUAAAAGUGGAAAUUCUGGCUAUGGUGGUGCUAAAGGAAAAUCGACUGAGAACAGUGAAUAUCCACUAGCAAACUAUAACUGGUAACUUUAUUCCUAAUUACACAGUAGACUACACCACUGGUGCCAUGAUGAAUUUUGCCACAGUGUUCGCUGUGAUGUUCAAUGGCUGCACUGGGAUUAUGGCAGGCUCCAACAUGUCAGGUAAGAUGAAAAACCCAAGCUAUUCCAUCCCAAGAGGAACGCUUGCAGCUGUUCUUACAACUUUCAUCACAUACAAUCUGCUUAGUCUGCUGGUUGCGUUAUCCUGUGACCGCCACCUUCUCCAAAAAGACUACAGUUUCCUGGGAGACAUCAAUAUAUGGAAGCCCCUGGUGACAAUUGGGGUUUACUCCUCCACCUUGUCUGCUGCCAUGAGUAACCUGAUAGGAGCCUCCAGAGUCCUGUAUGCGCUGUCCAAAGACAACCUGUUUGGUGGUGUCCUGGCUCUGGCGAGUAAAACUGGGAACCCCUGGGCUGCUGUGCUGGUGUCCUGGUUGCUUAUACAGGUGGUGCUGUUUGCUGGUAAAUUGAACACCAUUGCUGGUAUUGUAACUAUCUUCUUCUUGUUGGUCUAUGCUGCUGUGAACCUGGCCUGUUUGGCUCUUGAAUGGGCUUCUGCACCAAACUUCAGACCCUCAUUCCGUUGUUUUACAUGGCAUACCUGCACUCUGGGCAUUCUUGGCUGCCUGGUCAUGAUGUUCCUGAUCAAUGCCAUUUAUGCAUUUGCCAGCAUAGCCUUUAUGUUACUGCUAUUGAUGCUUAUCCACUACCUCGGCCCCAUCAGCAACUGGGGCUACAUAAGCCAGGCUCUCAUCUACCAUCGGGUGCACAAGUACCUGUUGAUGUUGGAUGGGCGUAAGGACCAUGUGAAGUUCUGGAGGUCCCAGCUGAUGGUGGCAAACCCUCACAGCUGUACAGGUCUAAUGACUUUUAUCAAUGACCUGAAGAAGAGUGGCCUCUAUGUACUGGGACAUGUAAAACUGGGUUCACUGGAUGGGUUGCCCUCUGAUCCUCUGCAGAGCCAUUAUGACUCCUGGCUGUCUCUAGUGGACCAUCUAAACAUCAAGGCAUUUGUCAACCUUACCCUGGCAGACUCUGUCCGACACAGAGUUCAGAACCUGCUUUUCGUCACAGGCUUUGGUGGAAUGAGACCAAACACCCUUGUCUUGGGUUUCUAUGAUGACUGCACCCCUCAAGACCAUCUCCAAGGUAAAAUUCUUCUGUCUUCAGGCUGUUGCUUGGAUACAGAAACUCCAUCCAUAGACCCCCGAGAGCAAUGGUCCCCCUUCUUCCAUAAUGUGCGGGAUGCUGAGGAACUCAAAGACCUUCAGGAAGAGGAAUAUGUGUCAGUGAUCGCUGACGCUGUAAAAAUGGGGAAGAAUGUGACACUGGCUCGUUACUUCAACCAGUUCAACCGGGAGAAGGUCAUGGGCUCAGGAAGAAAGAUUGGGGGUAACCGAAGCAUGACGGGGCAAUUCAUUGACGUGUGGCUUCUGAAUCUGCUUCGACCAGACGGCUGCGGCUAUGUCGACAUUUGCUCAUUGUUCCUGCUGCAGUUGGCCAGCGUGCUUAAAGAGACCCGUGCCUGGAGCCAGGCAAGACUCCGCCUCUUCCUGUGUGUGGAGGCUGGUUGCAGUCUGAAAGAAGAGGAGGAGGAGAAGAAGCUCCGGAUGAUGCUAAAGGAGCUAAGGAUUUCAGCUCAGGUGCAGAUUGUGGCAUGGGACCCGGUGGUGGCGGCACUGCACAGGCAGAGACAAGGAGGAGAGAGAGGGAAUCUGGUAGAGUCUGCACAGAAUGAGGAAAGGAGGGACAGACCAGAGGAUGAGAAAGCUGAAAAGGAAGAUGAUAUCCAAACAUUUCCCAAUAAUGUUCCUCAGCUGACAGAUGAGUAUAUCUGUGCUGUCAACGAUCUGAUUCGCAGACACGGUGCCCCUCAGCCUGCUGUCCGAUUCCUGUAUUUACCCCGGCCACCAGCAGACACAAGCCAUUACCAUGCCUACCUCCACCAGGUGGCUGUGUUGAGUUGGGACCUGGGCCCAACAUUGCUCAUUCACGGGGUCACUCCCGUGGUCACUACUGACCUCUAAAAUUUUAUAUUAUUAUUAUAAUUUAAUCUUAUUCCAUCAAAAUCCCUGAUCUGAUUUUGUUUGUCCAUGAGACUGUGUCUCUUGCCACCACUUUAUUCACCUGAUAUUUAAGCUAUGAACUACAACAUCAGACCUGACACUGACAACACAACAAACCCAUUUUAUACUGAGUCACACCCAAAUUUUUUUUGCGUUUAUACAAUUUUUCCCCUUAUAUUAUUAAGACACUUGGGGAAAAUGGAUUUGAUAACCUCAAGUUUACUUCUGGAAAUGCUAUAGUGGCAUAGAAAUGUAAAAUUUUGCACAUUUUGUGGGGUGAAAGGAAGAAAGGACAUAGUUAAAAUCAGAAAGAAGUAUAGUAGGCCCAUGCUAUGGCCCAUGCAUUUGUUAAAAUACUGUUAACCACAUGCUCUUGAUAUUGUCAACUUUGACUUUUUGUACAUGUUAUAGAAAAAUUAAUUAAACAAAUUCUUGUAUUAC